UCUCUCUCUCUCUCUACAAUUUUUUCCAUCUAUAAAGAAGACACUAUCACUCCAUCAAUCACUACCUCCAAAAUCCAAACCCCAAUAUGGAGAGAACUCAGUUUCAGUCCAUUUUCCGGCCGCCGGAGCCGCCCAUAGAUCCGAUGGAAUUCCUCUCACGUUCCUGGAGCAUUUCGUCUCUCGAAAUCUCCAAAGCCCUCCACGCGCCGCCACCGCUGCCGCGCCACAAGGAUCGAAACAACGCCGCCGCCGCCACCACAACCAUCCAUGAAGGCAUAUUCGAGGAGGCUCCGCCGGCGCCGGCGCCGGCCACCGUUUCCGGCAACCCUUUCGCCUUUGCUUCUUCCGAGACCUCCCAGCUUGUCUUGGAGCGUAUCAUGUCACAUUCUCAGGAGGUAUCACCCCGGACUUCUGGAAGAUUAUCCCACAGCAGUGGCCCUCUUACUGACAGCCCACCGCUGUCCCCUUCUGAAUUGGAUGACCUCAAGUAUUGUCGAUUGGGCAAUCAUGCCAGCAGCCAGUAUAGGGCAGUCGCCGGCGCCGGCGGCGGGAAGACGGUGGGGCGAUGGCUGAAGGACCGCCGGGAGAAGAAGAAAGAGGAGGCGCGUGCACACACCGCGCAGCUCCAUGCGGCCGUUUCAGUCGCCGGCGUGGCCUCCGCCGUGGCGGCUAUCGCCGCCGCAACCGCCGUGUCGUCGGGGGCGAGGAAGGACGAGCAGACGGCGAAGACUGAUAUGGCGGUGGCGUCCGCCGCCACAUUGGUGGCGGCGCAGUGCGUCGAGGCGGCGGAGGCGAUGGGCGCCGAGCGCGACCACUUGGCGGCCGUCGUCAGCUCAGCCGUCAAUGUUAGGUCCGCCAGCGACAUCACCACCCUCACGGCGGCGGCCGCCACCGCAUUGCGCGGCGCAGCGGCGUUGAAGGCGCGAACAUUAAAGGACGUGUGGAAUAUCGCAGCUGUGAUCCCAUUGGAUCGUAACGGCAUCGGCAACGGAAGUUCGAACGGGAGUCUCAGCGGCGAGCUUGUCCCCGAGGAGAAUUUUCUCGGCAUUUGUAGUCGGGAGCUUCUGGGCCGUGGCUGCGAACUUCUAAAGAAAACUCGCAAAGGCGAUCUGCAUUGGAAGGUCGUUUCCGUAUACAUCAAUCGAACGGGACAGGUGACGUUGAAGAUGAAGAGUAGACACGUCGCGGGGACCGUAACGAAAAAGAAAAAGAAUACGGUGGUGGAGGUGGUGAAGGAGAUUCCCGCGUGGGCAGGGCGGCAUUUGCUGGAGGGGGGCGGUGACCGGAGGUAUUUUGGGGUGAAGACGGUGGGUCGGGGGGUCGUCGAAUUCGAGUGCCGGAACCAACGGGAGUACGACAUGUGGACACAAGGGGUAUCAAGAUUGCUUGCGAUGGCUGCUGAGAGGAACAAUAAGAUCAAGAUUUGAUGAUGGAAUAGAGCCUUUUGGGACAACCAUGAAGUUGUAGUAAGUGGGUGUGUUGUAAUGAAAAUUGGAGAAAAGUAGUGUUUGAUUUAGAAAGGGCUAAAGCACCAUUUCUUGUUGUGUUCACAUGGAGAAGAAUUGACCUUUUUUUUUUUUUUUUUUUUGUUUGAGGAAUUUUAGGGGGGAAAUGUGUGUGUGAUUUUGGUGUAGUUUUACAAAGUAAAGUGAAAGGAAGAAAUCCAUGUGAAGAAGGGGGGCUUUUGGGGGUUUGGAUUUUGUUGGUGGUCAAAAAUGUUGGGAAGGUUGGUAGGGUAGGGUAGAGGUAAGGGGGUUAUUACAUGCCAUUUUGGGUAAGAAGACAAAAGUGAUUGUAGUAUGAUAUCUUUGUGUGGGAUUUUGCUUUAUCACUUGUAUUUGGUAUUUUAUUCAGGUUUAUGCAUGCAAGAAACUAUUCUAGGGA